CAAUCUUCUCCUCCUCCUCUCCUCCUUCAACACGACUACACAAUAUUGUAUAUACAUCCAAUAAUGACUACACCAAACGCCAACCAUGAAGACAGCUUCCCCUGGCACCUCGGCGUCCACGACGCCCACUGCCACCCCACCGACACAAUGGCCUCCAUCGCCUCCAUCCCAGACAUGAAAGCCGCCUCUCUAACAGUCAUGUCCACACGCGGUCAAGACCAAGACCUCGUCCUGCAAAUAGCCCAAUCCAUAUCUCCACAUAAUCCAAACACAGACACAAACACGCCAGAAAAACCACCCAAAGUCCUCCCCUGUUUCGGCUGGCAUCCAUGGUUCGCGCACCAAAUCUACAACGACACCAAUACCAACACCACCAACGACAACGACACCAAAACAACCCACUACACCCAAGUCCUCCACCCCCCACCAACCUCGACCUUCAUCUCCAGCCUCCCCACCCCAACCCCCCUCUCACAACUCCUCUCCGAAACCCGCACCCGUCUAACCUCCCACCCCACCUCCCUAGUCGGCGAAAUCGGCCUCGACCGCUCCUUCCGCCUCCCCAGCCCCUGGACAGACGAGGAAGAAGCCGCGCGCGAUCCGAACACAACGCCAGGCUCGCGCGAAGGGCGCACUCUCUCCCCACACAGGGUCCAAAUGGAGCACCAGAAGGUCGUGCUGGAGGCGCAGCUGCGGUUAGCGGGUGAGCUGGGCCGGCCUGUCUCCGUGCACAGCGUGCAGGCGCACGGGCUGGUCGUUACCUUGUUGCGCGGGUUGUGGGCGGGGUACGAGCGGAAGAAACCGUCGAGGAGGGAGAGACGGCGGCGGUAUAGUGCUGCUGAGGCGCAUGCUGAUAGCGACAGCGAUGCCGAGGAAGGGCAAGAAGGCCAACACGCACAACCAGGCGGAACCCAACCACUCCCCUUCCCGCCCCGCAUCUGCAUGCACUCCUACUCCGGCCCCACAGAACCCCUCAAACAAUUCCUCGACCCGACCAACCCAUCAGACGUAUAUUUCUCCUUCUCAGCAGUCAUCAACUUCAGCGGACCUUCCUCGGCCAAAGUCAUGGCAGUGAUCAAAGCCCUCCCCGACGAUCGAAUCCUCGUCGAGAGUGAUCUGCACACGGCGGGGCCGGCGAUGGACGAGCUGUUGGAGAAGGUCACGAGGCAGGUUUGCGAGUUGCGGGAGUGGCCGUUGGAAGAAGGGGUUCGGCGGUUGGCUGGGAAUUGGCGGCGGUUUGUAUAUGGGUAGGUUGUUGAGCAGAGUGUGCGCGAGGUGUGGAAAGGGAAUGGGACCGAUGUAACUGUUGUACUCUAUAGAUAGAUAUGUUGUACAUUGGGUCCUGUGUAUGGGUAGGUAUGUUGUACGGAUACAAUGGAAGUCUUAUGUAUGGAUACUAUAGAUAGACUGGCUAGUCAGGUCGUACGACCAACGGCGUCCCUGCAGAAUCCACACCCUGACACAAACAACCGCUCCACGCUUCUACCGUGACGGAUGGAUCAGACUGAGACAAGCA